UGUGUCUAAUCUUGGUCCCAACGGAUCCCAACACCGAUGAUCUAAAAUUCAUGAUCCCCCUCCAAAUGUAUAAAACUAUUAACGAUAUAGAGUUUUGACUUUUCUCUGCAAUUCAUCGAUGAAAAAUAUCCCUUUUUAAUCAUCACUAACGAGAUUCUCCUCUGUUCUAUUCUAAAAUGUCUCUCUUAAACCAAUUGUUUAAUAGAGGCGUUUUUGGUGCAAAAUGUAAAACAUGCUUGAGCUUGGCAAUCUCGCGCAUCAAGUUGCUCCAAAAUAAGAGAGAUUUGCAGCUCAAGAAUAUGAGAAAAGAGAUUGCCCAAUUCUUGCAGGCUGGCCAGGAACCAAUUGCUCGAAUUCGCGUGGAACAUGUAAUCAGAGAACAGAACAUAUGGGCUGCAUAUGAGAUACUGGAGCUUUUCUGUGAGUUUGUUCUUGCCCGAGUUCCAAUUCUUGAAAGCCAGAAAGACUGUCCUCCAGAAUUACGAGAAGCUGUGGCAAGCAUAAUUUUUGCUGCUCCUAGAUGUUCAGAUGUGCCUGAUUUAUUGCAGAUCAAGAAUUUGUUUGCUACAAAGUAUGGAAAGGAAUUUGUCAUUGCUGCAAUGGAGCUUCGUCCUGAUUCUGGCGUGAACCGUGCAAUAAUUGAAAAGCUUUCAGUUAGUGCUCCAUCAGGUGAAAUAAGGCUCAAAGUAUUGAAGGAAAUUGCCCAAGAAUAUAGUGUAGAAUGGGAUUCUUCUGGCACUGAAGCAGAGUUCAACAAGAAAUAUGAAGAUUUACUGGCUGGAUCAAAGCAAGUAUGUGCUGAGGCUGCAGUUUCUCAAGCUCCCAGUAAACAAGCAUCUGGUAAAUCUUUGCCUUCUAAUGGGGCAAAAACUAUUUUGCCUACUGAUGCUAGGCCGGCAUCUCAACACCACCAAGUUCCCAGCCACAUGAGUAAAUUGACUAGUAGUGAAAUUGAGUCAUCAGUGAAAAAUGGUACUGCCGGUCCAAUUUCUGACAUUAAAACAGAGACAAAUUCACGACCAUCUGAUGUAUUGGAAAGAGCUCGAGCUGCUAUUGCCUCUGCAGAGCGUGCAACAGCAGGUGCACGUGCAGCUGCUGAGCUGGUGAAUGUGAAAUUUGGUUCACUGAAGCUACAAGGAGCUUCAUCAUAAUGUGUCGGUUGUUCAUUCACAUAUUCUUGUGAUUUUCUCAAGCAGUGUCUACUAAUAAGCAUAAGGAAAAGAAGGAAGAAUUUCAAAUAUAAAAGAAACUUGCUAUAGGUUAAACACUGAAGUAGUGAUAUGGAAAUCUUGAAGUUUGCUUGGGGGAAUUUGUAAUGCUUCUACCAUCGUAUCAUAUUCAUUUGUCAUAGUUUAAGACUAGAUUGUAGAUUUUCCAACAUUGCAUAUUGCCAGACAUUUGAGUUCCCAAACCAACUCGUAAGCAGAUUUUAUAAACUUAAUACUGUUUCUGAA